AUGCCUUCUUUCUAUCCAGUCACUGCUACUGCCAUCGCCCUGGCUUUCAUUCUCGUCUACACAAUCUGCUCACUGUCUACGCACGACCCUACAUCCAUCUUCUUCGAUGCGUCCAAUGCCUACACUCCGCGAUACUCUGCCCUGAGAUACCAGCAGGCCACGGCGUACAUCUCCAUUUUCAACUCUACAUCAAGCGUCGGUUUGUUAGGAAGCAAGGACUCCAACAAGAAACUAUGUAUUGGCAUACCCUCGGUUGCGCGUCAUGGCCCACAAUACCUACCUGGUGCCAUUGGGUCUCUGUUGGAUGGCUUGACAGUGGAUGAAAGGAACGAGUUUUACCUCGUGGUGUUUAUACCGCAUUCAGAUCCUAAAGCCCACCCAGCUUAUCGAGAAACGUGGCUAUCGAGGCUGGCCGACCGUGUACUUGCAUACGAAGGCCUUGAUGCAAAAGAAAUGGCUCACGUUCGCAGAAUGGAGGCUCAAGGAGGUGCUUUCAAGGAGAAGGGACUGUACGAUUACUCCUAUCUGGUAUCGAAAUGUGCCGAGCUUAACACGCCGUAUAUCGCUAUUCUCGAAGACGACGUUCUCGCCAUGGACGGAUGGUACCACCGCACUAUCAAUGCGUUGUUGGCUGCUGAGGACCAGUCAAUACAGCGACACGGGAACAAGUUCUUGUAUCUUCGCCUAUUCUACACGGAGGCUUUUCUGGGCUGGAACUCGGAAGAAUGGAAGACGUAUCUCUUCUACUCGCUCUGCUUCGCUGCCAUGCCGGCGGCAGUUGUUUCUUUCUUGCGCACUACGAAACUUUCACCAAAGCUUCUGCUGCCACUCAACACACACCUACGGUCAUCAGAGGUGCGCAGUGGAUACAGCUUUCGUCGCCUAGUGGCCACAUUCUACGCCCUCAUGGCGGUAUUCAUACUGCUCUUCUUCGCACUGGGGCGCAUGACUGUUCUACCUCUUCCUGCUGGAGUUCAUGAAAUGCCCCAAUUCGGCUGCUGCAGUCAAGCUUUUGUCUUUCCCAGACAGAAGGCUCUUGAGCUAGUCUCGUAUUUUGCGCAAGUGAAAACUGGCUAUGUGGAUGUUUUGACAGAGCGCUAUGCCGAUGCCAGAGGUGAGCUGCGGUAUGCUAUCACGCCGAGCCUUUUCCAACAUGUUGGCAAAACAAGCAGUAAGAUGGAUUCUCAUGGGCCAAUCAUCAAGGGAAAGACAUGGAGCUUUGCUUUUGAGGAGUACGAUCCCGGGAAGCUGAGGCAAGAACACGAGACCGUGGGAAUGUCGAAAGAUGGGUUGGAUGAAGUACGAUAA